CUAAACAAGUACUUCGUAAGUUUAGUAUAAUUAAAAAAUAUCAAUGUCGUGGAAAAUUUUCUUAUUACAAGUGUUUAUUUCGGUAUUAUAUUUUACCAGUCUUUUAGCGCAAGAAGGCGAAUAUAAAUUCUCUAAUAAGGAUGCCGACUACUUGAUUGUUAAUGAUAAGAAAUCAUGGGAAGACGCUAAGAAAUUUUGUAAAGACAAAAAGCAAAUGCAAUUAGUUUCUUUCGAGACACAAGCAAAAAUGGUGAAAUUCAUAAUAUAUUUGUAUAAAAGAGCCUUUCUACAAAGCGAAAAUGUACAUCCAAAAAGUUCUGUUGUAUUCGCUUAUUGGACAUCUGGCAACAAUUUAGAAAAUCCCAAUAAAUUCAUAUGGGACACCGUUAAGAUGCCGGUAGAAUAUUUUCAUUGGCUGAAUAAGCACGAAGAAGUACCUGGAGGUAAAGGCUGCAUUUUAAUGGGUCUGAAGACUUUUGGCCGCUGGACCAAUGCAUCCUGUGAUAUGCCUAAUCUUUUUAUCUGCGAGAAGCCUCAUUAAAUAUGUACUCCUAUUUCUUACAAAAAAAAUAAUUGUA